CAUCUCGCGCGCCCGCGCCGAUCCCGGGAGCGUCCGGGCCGCCGUGCGCGAGCGAAGGGGGGCGCGCGCGCGGGCGGGGCGCGCUCCUGAGUGCGGGGCGCGCGCUCGGCGGCGCGCAUGUGCAUGUGUGCGGGCUGCCGGGCUGCCCCGAGCCCGCGGGGAGCCGGACCGCUCCAGGUGGCGGGCGGCCAGAGCGAGGGAACGGACAUGGACUUCGACUCGUACCAGCACUAUUUCUACGACUAUGAAUGCGGGGAGGAUUUCUACCGCUCCACGGCGCCCAGCGAGGACAUCUGGAAGAAAUUCGAGCUGGUGCCGUCGCCCCCCACGUCGCCGCCCUGGGGCUCAGGUCCCGGCGCCGGAGACCCGGCCCCUGGAAUUGGUCCCCCGGAACCGUGGCCCGGAGGGGGUGCCGGGGACGAGGCGGAAUCCCGGGGCCACUCGAAAGCUUGGGGCAGGAACUACGCCUCCAUCAUCCGCCGUGACUGCAUGUGGAGCGGCUUCUCCGCCCGGGAACGGCUGGAGCGAGCCGUGAGCGACCGGUUCGCCGCCGGCGCGCCCCGGGGGAACCCACCCAAAGCGCCCGCCGCCGCGGACUGCGCGCCCAGCCUCGAAGGCGGCACCCCGGCGCCCGCCGCCCCGUGUCCUCUGAGCGAGCCCAAGACCCAGGCGUGCUCGGGGUCCGAGAGCCCAAGCGACUCGGAGGGGGAAGAAAUUGACGUGGUGACCGUGGAGAAGAGACAGUCCCUGGGUGUACGCAAGCCAGUCACCAUCACGGUGCGUGCCGACCCAUUAGACCCCUGCAUGAAACACUUCCACAUCUCUAUCCACCAGCAGCAGCACAACUACGCCGCCCGCUUCCCCCCAGAAAACUCCUCCCCCCAGACCCCGGCCCCAGAGAAGGCCCGGCUGGAGGAGGAAGAGGAGGAGGAGGAGGAAGAGGAGGAGGAGGAGGAGGCUCUGGAGAAAGAAGAGCCCCAGGAAAAGGAAGAGGUGGACGAAGAGAUUGUGAGCCCCCUGCCACUAGAAAGCGAGGCUCCUCUGACCUGCCACCCCAAACCUGUCAGCUCCGACACUGAGGACGUGACCAAGAGAAAGAAUCACAACUUUCUGGAGCGCAAACGGCGGAACGACCUCCGCUCCAGGUUCUUGGCCCUGCGGGACCAGGUUCCCACGCUGGCCAGCUGCUCCAAGGCCCCCAAAGUUGUGAUCCUGAGCAAGGCCUUGGAGUACCUGCAGGCCCUGGUGGGGGCCGAGAAGAGGAUGGCGUCGGAGAAAAGGCAGCUCCGAUGCCGGCAGCAGCAACUGCAGAAAAGACUCGCGUACCUCAGUGGCUACUGACUGACCCGAAGCUUGACUGCUCCAUCUCAGCAAAGACCCGGGUUUAAUUUUCAACCUUCCCCUUAGUAAUUUGCACAUUUUGGUUCCCGGACUGCAGCUUCCCCUCCGGGGAUGUGGGGCAGCCAGAACGCACACUGGUGAGGGCCUCUGCGUGCUGGCGAACCCUGACAGCCAGCUAGGCAGUCGGUGUCUUCUCAGGCGCCGGAGGCUCCCCAGUUGGCAGCUGACUGAGGAGCCUUGGGGUCUGCCUCCCCAGCCUCGGCGCAUGCUCUCAGCCCGAAGACAAGCCUGACAGAUGCUAUGCAACAGGUGGUGGACGUUGUUCGGGGGCCACAGCCCGCCUGUGAAAUCGCACACUCCAGGGCCGGGAAGGAGGCUCCCGGUGGUGUCUCUGGGGUGAUGCUAGGACAGCUGGGCCUGGAUGCUCUCCCUGAGGCUCCUUUUUCCAGGAGACACACGAGCUGUCUUGGGUGAAGACAAGCUCGCAAACUUGAUCAACAUGGACCAUUACCUCACUGUCGGACACUUUACAGUAGCUGAGGAGUUGGAAACAUUUAAUAUAUAUAUACAUAUAUAUAUAUAUAUAUAUAGUGGUGUUAGGCUGCCCCUCCUCCCCUCUCAGAGCCUCAACCUUGAGAACGCAGAGCCGGGCUGCUCCAUUUUUGGGGCUCUUUCCUCCGAGAUAGCAUUUCUGUCUUCAAAAGGAACCAUUUUGUUUCCUUCUGCCUUUGUUCUACAGUGGACUCAACAUAGCAUCCCUUCCCCAUAGGUCAGAAAGAGUCCCCCAAGGCCCUGGGAAAUGAGUCCCAGCCUGUGGCCAGGGGGAAUGGCUUGCCAUCCUGCCUGGUGAUCUUGUUUCCUGCCCAGCUUUUUUUUCUGAAGGGCCCUUAAGACCCAUCUCAGAAUUUUUUCUCCAGGCAGGCAUGUGUCAGGCACCUCAGGGGAGAGGACUGCACCGCCUCCUCUUCCUCCCUCAUCUGCAUCCCUGACUGGUACAUUUGAAAAGUCAGAAGUUCUCCCAGAACGUCGCAAUCGCAACCCCCUGCAAUGCCAAGGAGCUGAGUGGCCCAACAGCCACCUUUGGGUGCUCCCGGCCUGACAGGCAUCCAGCCCCAUGAGCAAAAUCUGGGUCUUAAGUGCUUCCUAGAGAGCCACUGGGGCUCAUCCAGGAUUCCAGAAAGGGGCCUCGCUGCCCAGCAGAAUUGAAAGACCCUUCCAGGACUCUCUGCUUAGUGGACCACGAUGGAUUUUACCCCAGCUGAGCUUGGCACCUCCAAGUGGAUUCCAGCUGCAACCUCCAAUCCAGGAAAAGCAUCCGACCCAACUAGGGUUAUGUGGGCAACCUCAAGCGCUCCUAAGCCUGGUCUGGGUGAAGGAGUGACCCUCCAGAAGUCUGUGGAGGGGGACAGAUGCCUGCCGACUAGGGGUUGAAAGUUGGUCAGCGGUGAUGGUAGGUCUGCGUGCUACCAUCUGUGGACAGCCAGCUGCUAUUUUGAUGCACGUUGUCUGUUUCUGAGGUUGCUUCUUGGACUCAGCAAACCCCAGAGGAAGUUUGGAAAGAGCCCUUCUACCUUCUAGAGCAUGGUUUUCAGGAGCCACUUGACUUCUGGAACUAUCUUUGGAGAACAAGUGGGAUGAUGUAGUCACUGCUGCCUGGCCUGAAUAGCUUGUGUUUUGUAAGCUGCUGUUGGGGAUUUUGCUGGGAGCAGUCUUUUUGGUUUUUUUAUACUGUAUUUUUGUAUGCCUUUUGCAAAGUGGUGUUAAUUGUUUUUUGUACAAGAAAAAACUCUUGGGCAAUUCUCCUAUUGCAAGAGUUUGGUUUAUUUUGAAAGGCAAGUUUACCUGAAAUUUUGUAUUUAGUUGUGAUUAUUGAUUGCCUGAUUUUAAAAUGUUGCCUUCUGGGAUAUCUUCCAAUAAAAGAUUUCU